AUGACGCAGGCCGCCUGUGCACACAGAGCCAUUCUAAGGCUUGCUGGAGAAAAACGCUGGGAUCACUCCAUCGCCAGAUAUGCACACUGCUUCUACUAUGCGUGGUCUGUGCUCUGCGUGAGCCUACACUAUUCAGGACACUUCCCUUUGGGAACCUGUGUUGUCAUCUGGGGAAUCCCCGUGCUGCUUUGCACAUUGAAGGUGCAGGCAGUAGUACGUGUGAUGGUCAAAAGCCAAAACGAUUAUCCAAGCCCUACCGUUUCCAAGAGAGAAGACGAUGCUGCUUUUACCUUGGGACUAGCGAGGUUGGUCAUAACCUCCCGUGCGAAUUCAGAAACUUGUGCAUACCUGGGCACAACCACGGGCAAUUGGCAUACGUACUUGGUUGUGGCAACUGGCUCCCUGCUGCUGAGUUCAAUCGCAUGUGCCAUAUGGGAGCAACCAGAUGCUGACAGCCUGACGUGCCGCUGCAACCUACUGUCAGUGGGUGUUUGCUGCUCCUACAUGCACCGUAGUCUGUUCCUGCAUUUCACCUCAGACCGAGCUGCAACAAGGGACACAGUGCUGCACAGUGCCCUUGUGGGCCGCGCCGUGGCUGCCUUCGGCGAGAUGUGCUUCGCAUCACUUAUUUUGACUGUGACAGCAGAGACUUGGACACUGCAGGCAGAGAGAUUGUUGUGGAGCACUCCUCCGGCCAACCCAGUGGUGAGGAUUUUGACAGCCCCAUGGCCAUUUGCGUGGAAACUGGUGUGUUUGGCAGAGAUCCUCUCAACGAUUGGAACGGCGAAGAUGGUCUCGUAUUACUUCUGCAUUGAAAACUUGAUCUGGACGAUAUUGGCUGCGAGUGUGGCAGUGCUCGGCUUGAGUUUGGGCGAUCUCUCCAUGGUCGCCGUGGCUAUAUGCUUCAUCGCUUACACCCUUGUUUGGGACAUUCCGGGGUACUUCUCGCGGGCGCGGAAGGCCCAGGCCAGGGCUUCGUGCCUUCCAGCCGGAGCCAAAGGCUUUGGCGAUUUUGCUGAGACGCAUGGAAUGCAUGGAUGCGUAGAGUGCGACGAUUCGGAGAUGGACUUGCUUCCAGGCCUGGUCGACUGUUUGUGGCGGCGGAGGGUGGUCACCACAGAUGCUUACUGGAGCCGUCACUAUCCGCUUAUGGUCAUGAACUACAUUGUAGCCCCGGUUCUUUGCGUUACCUGGCGGGAGUGGUCAAAGCCUGCCCCAGGGCUGUAG